AGGGGCCAAGAUGGCGGCGCGCCGGGGACGGAGAGACGGAGUCGUGCCGCCCCCGACUGGAGGCCCCGGCCCUGACUCGGGCGGUGGAGUCCGCGGGAGCGGUUGGGGGAGUUGGAGCCAAGCGUCUUAUGGAACCGUGGGCGCCGUGAGCGGCGGGGAGGUGCUGCUGCAUGAAGAGGGGGAUGAUUCUGGCUUUGUCAAUCUGUCUCGGCUGGGCCCAUCUCUGAGGGAGAAAGACCUGGAAAUGGAGGAGCUGAUACUGCAGGAUGAGACACUGCUGGGGACCAUGCAGAGCUACAUGGAUGCCUCCCUCAUCUCCCUCAUUGAGGAUUUUGGGAGCCUUGGAGAGAGCAGGUUAUCUCUGGAGGACCAGAAUGAAAUGUCGCUGCUCACAGCUCUGACGGAGAUUUUGGACAAUGCAGAUUCUGAGAACCUAUCUCCAUUUGACAGCAUUCCUGACUCGGAGCUACUUGUGUCACCUCGAGAAGGCUCUUUGCACAAGCUGCUCACACUCUCUCGGACACCCCCAGAACGUGACCUCAUCACCCCAAUUGACCCACUGGGACCCAGCACAGGCAGUACUAGAGUGAAUGGGGUUGAGAUGUCUCUUUCAGAUCCCCCUUGGGACUUCUCCCCACCUUCCUUCUUAGAUACCUCUUCCCCCAAGCUGCCUAGUUGGAGACCCCCAAGAUCAAGACCACGCUGGGGCCAAUCUCCUCCUCCCCAACAGCGUAGUGAUGGAGAAGAGGAGGAGGACAUGGCCAGCUUCAAUGGUCAGGUGCUUGCCGCGGAGCUUGACAACUCUGUGAGCAGUAUCCCAGACUUCCCCAUGCACCUGGCCUGCCCCGAGGAGGAAGACAAGUCGACAGUAGGAAAGGUAGCAGUGUCCAUACCUGGCGAUGAGAGCAUCUCUUCCCUGAGUGAGUUGGUACGGGCCAUGCAUCCAUACUGCCUGCCCAACCUCACCCACCUGGCAUCACUUGAGAAUGAGCUUCAGGAGCAGCCAGAUGAUUUGACACUGUCUGAGGGUUGUGUGGUGCUGGAAAUUGUGGGCCAGGCAGCUACAGCUGGUGAUGACCUGGAGAUCCCAGUUGUGGUUCGGCAGAUCCCUAAUGGACCCCAGUCUGUGCUCCUGGAUGACUCACUAGAGGUCAGUUCUGCCUUGCAGUUUCUCAUGCCCACACUGGAGUCAGAAGCAGAGGCUUCUGUGCCCAAGGUAGUCCCCUGCCCUGAGGAAGAGGGGUUGUCUCUGGACUCAGUCUGCUUAUUGGAACCCAGGAAGGUCAUAGAGCCAGUGGAACCCAAAGGGCCUCAGAACCCACCUGCUAAUGCAGUACUGGGUUCCCAGAGAGUUUCCAGAAAAGGCAGGAGGAAGAAGAGCAAGGAGCAACCAACAUCCUGUGUGGAAGGCUAUGCCAGAAGGCUGAGGUCAUCCUCUCGUGGGCAGUCUACGAUGGCUACAGAAGUGACCUCUCAGGCAGGCAGUUUGCAGAAACAGUCUCAGGAGGAACUUCAAAGAGAAGCUGGGCCUCCCCAGGGUAGGGGAAAGCCACAGGCUUGGGCACGGGCCUGGGCAGCUGCUUUGGAGAAACCUGGCUCUGAGAACUUGGAUAGAAGUGCUGGACAAAGUAGUCCUUCUAAAGAAGAUCCUCCAGACCUCUACCCCAAACUGGUUGAUACUAUCCAAGCCAACCCUGUUCAAACCCAUGUCUCAUUGGUUGAUUCUGCUCAGAGUGACCCCAUGCCAGUUGACUCUGUUGGAGUUGAUCCUACUGCAGGUGCCCCUGCUGUAGCUGAUCCUGCACCGGUUGACUCAACUUCAGCCAGUACGGAGCUGGUUGACCCUCUCCCAGCUGACACAGUGUUGACUACCCCAGUUCUAUCUGACUCGACAGUAAUUGACCCUGCAGUGGUUGUUCCCAUCCCAGAUAACUUGUCAGCAAUUGAUGCUGUCCUGACUGACCCAGUGCCAAUUGACCCUAUUCCCAGUGACCUGCCUCCAGUUGACCCUAUGCUAGUUAAGUCCAGACCAACUGACCCCAGACGUGCUGCAUCAUCAGUUCAGGGGAAUUCAGUUUCUCAUCUCCUUGACUCAGAGUCUUUGGAUCCUCCAAAGAGGACCAACCCUGAAGUCAAAGAGGUUGUAGGUCCUCUGAAGGUGGAAAGUGGUUCCAGUGCCACAACUCAGGAAGCUAGACCUCGGCCUCUUAGCUUAUCUGAGUACCGUCGUCGAAGGCAGCAACGGCAAGCAGAGGCAGAAGAGAGGAGUUCCCAGCCCCCAGCUGGGAAAUGGCCCAGCCUCCCAGAGACUCCCACAGGGCUGGCAGACAUCCCUUGUCUUGUCCUCCCACCAGCCCCAGCCAAGAGGACAGCUCCGCAGAAAAGUCCUGAAGCUCCCCAAGAGGCUUGUUUUGUGCCUGUGGGUCCCAGCCCUGCUUCUCCUAGUCCUGAACCAACUGCAAGCAAACCCAUGGUCUCAACUCCCACUGAACAGGUGCCAUCCCAAGAGAUGCCACUGUCAGCAAGACCUGUCCCUCCUACUGUUCAGCCCAUAUCUCCUGUUGGGCCCAUGCCUCCCACAGUGCCCACUCCUUUGCCUUUCCUCCCAGGUGGACUGGGUAUACCUCCCAUGCUGCCCCUUCCUGCAAAUGGGCAAGGAGUUCCCAGUCUUCCCCCACCUCCCUUGCAGUCUCCUGGUCUUCCAGUGUCUAUGAGACCAGUGCCACCUGAUCCCUAUACUCACUAUGCCCCUGUGCCACCCUGGCCUUGUUAUCCCCCUGUAUCCCUUUCUGGCUAUCCUUGCCUAACCCCCCCACCAACGGUGCCCCUAGUAUCUGGUACUCCUGGCACCUAUGCUGUGCCCCCCACUUGCAGUGUGCCUUGGGUACCCCCUCCUGCACCAGUCUCACCUUACAGCUCCAACUGUACCUAUAGGCCCAUGGGAUGGGGUCCAGGACUACAGCAACCUCCAUUCUGGUCUGCUGUUCCCCCACCUCCUUUGCCUCCAGCCUCUGUUGGGAGAGCUGUUCCACCCAAAGUGGAGCCCAGUGGCAUUCCAGCUGUCCCUCCUGAAAAUGUACUUCCUGUGCCAGUGACUCCUUCCCUCAGUCUUGGGCCAGUCAGCCCUAUAGCUCCACAGAUAGAGCCCGCCAAGGUGGAGGUCAAGCCAGUGCUUGCAUCUCCCCAUCUGAAACAACAGGUGUCCUCCCUGGUGCAGAGCCCCCAGAUCAAGGCUCCAUCAUGUCUGUCUGUUGAGGGUGUGGCUGUUGAGGAGCCUGAAUCAGAAAGGCUAAAGCCUGAGACCCAGGAGUCCAGGCCCAGGGAGAAGCCCCUCUCUCCUGCUAUCAAGGCUGCUCCCAUGCUAAGGCAGAGCACUGUUCCCAAACUGCCUGCUGUCCACCCAGCCCGUCUAAGGAAGCUGUCCUUCUUGCCCACCCCACGUACUCAGGGUCCUGAGGAUGUGGUACAGGCUUUCAUCAGUGAGAUUGGAAUUGAAGCAUCAGAUCUGUCCAGUCUGCUGGAACAGUUUGAGAAAUCAGAAGCUAAAAAGGAGUGUCCUCUCCCGGCUCCUGCUGAUAGCUUGGCUGUAGGAAACUCAGGCAGCAUUGACACUCCCCAGGAGAAGAGGCCCCUAGACCGGUUACAAGCCCCAGAACUGGCCAACGUGGCAGGGCUCACCCCUCCAGCAACCCCUCCCCACCAGUUAUGGAAGCCCCUGGCUGCUGUUUCACUGCUGGCCAAAGCCAAAUCUCCUAAGUCCAUCGCCCAGGAGGGAACCCUGAAGCCUGAAGGAGUUACAGAGGCCAAACAUCCAGCUGCAGCCUGCCUCCAAGAAGGGGUCCAUGGCCCUAGUCCUGUCCAUGUGGGCUCUGGGGACCAUGACUAUUGUGUCCGGAGUAGGACACCCCCCCAAAAAAUGCCUGCCCUAGUCAUACCAGAGCUGGGCUCCCGAUGGAAUGUCAAACGCCAUCAGGAUAUCACUAUCAAACCUGUUUUGUCCCUGGGCUCAGCGACUCCCCUACUCUCAUGCACAACUGCCUCCCAGGAGCCACUUGAUCACAGGACUAGUAAUGAGCAGGCAGAUCCUUCAGCACCUUGCCUUGCCCCAUCUGCCUUGUUGUCUCCUGAGGCCUCACCCUGCCGGAAUGACAUGAACACUAGGACUCCCCCUGAGCCCUCAGCCAAGCAGAGGUCAAUGCGCUGUUACCGAAAAGCCUGCAGGUCAGCCAGCCCCCCAAGCCGGGGCUGGCAGGGCCGUCGUGGCCGCAGCAGCCGUUCUGUCAGCUCUGGGUCCAACCGGACCAGUGAAGCAUCUUCCUCUUCAUCCUCAUCGACGUCUUCCUCAUCCCGAUCCCGGUCCAGGUCCAGGUCCCUCUCCCCUCCCCACAAGAGGUGGCGAAGGUCCAGCUGCAGUUCCUCUGGACGUUCCAGAAGAUGCUCUUCCUCUUCCUCUUCAUCCUCAUCUUCCUCAUCUUCAUCAUCCAGUUCCCGAAGCCGUUCUCGUUCCCCAUCCCCUCGCCGGAGAAGUGACAGGAGGCGGUGGUACAGCUCUUACCGUUCACAUGACCAUUACCAAAGGCAGAAAGUACUGCAGAAGGAGCGUGCAAUAGAAGAGAGAAGGGUGGUCUUCAUUGGGAAGAUACCUGGCCGCAUGACUCGGUCAGAGCUGAAACAGAGGUUCUCUGUUUUUGGAGAGAUUGAGGAGUGUACCAUCCACUUUCGAGUCCAAGGUGACAACUAUGGCUUCGUCACUUACCGCUAUGCUGAGGAGGCAUUUGCAGCCAUUGAGAGUGGCCACAAGUUGCGUCAGGCAGAUGAGCAACCCUUUGAUCUCUGCUUUGGGGGCCGCAGGCAGUUCUGCAAGAGGAGUUAUUCUGAUCUUGACUCAAACCGGGAAGACUUUGACCCUGCUCCUGUAAAGAGCAAAUUUGAUUCUCUUGACUUUGACACAUUGUUGAAACAGGCCCAGAAGAAUCUGCGGAGGUAACCCUGGGCCCUCCCCCCCAUCCCUUUUUCUUUGGAGGUGCCCAACCUCCUCCAUCCCCCUCCCCCACUCUAGGGGAGAGAGCUGCUAGUGAGGAGAUGACUGUUUUAUAAGAAAUGGAAAAACGUGAAAUAAAAAAAUGUGUUAAAUCAGAUUUUUUUAAAUGGGUAUUUGUUUUUUAUAACAGGUGUUGAAAACAAGUUAACUUGCAUUCCUAUGUAAGAUGGUUGGGGCUGAGGGCUUUCUCCAGCGUUUGGAACAUUUAAGUCAC